AUGGGAAUAAAAGGAUUAUGGGAAUUAAUAAAAGAGAAAGGAAGAGAAAUUGAAGAGAAAGAGAUUGAAGGGAAAAGAGUUGCGAUAGAUACAACACAGUUAAUCAUUAAAUAUAUGAAGAAGAAAGAAGAUGUUAAUACUUCAAUGAUGAAAAUAUUAAUUCAAAGUAGAGAAAAAGGGAUUUAUCCAAUAUUUGUAUUUGAUGGAAAAACAAAGACAUAUCUUAAAGAACGUACAAUCAAAAAAAGGAUGAAACAACAGAAUAAAGAAUAUCAACGAAAGAAAGAAACACAAAGUAAAGAAAUAGAUACUUUAUUUGCUUCUUUUCAAAAAACUAAACCACCUUCUAAUUCAACUAAAAUUAAUGAACAACUACUUUUCUUGAUUAAAAAUGAUAAACAUGAAGAAUCUAAACUCACUCCUAAUAUUUCAUUAAUUCAUUCUAUUAAUUCUAAUCGUACUUCUAUUAAUCAGAUUUAUCAUGACUCUCUUCUUGAUUCUUCUUCUUCUCCUUUUCUUUUCACUCACACUCAAAUUAAUCAUAGAAUUUUAAAUGGCUUUUAUGAAAGAGAUGUUUAUUCCUUUCCUUCUUCUCUUCUUUCUUCUCUUCUCUCCUCUGACCUUUCUCUUUGGGGUAUUGGUGCUCUUUCUUUUCCUCUUUAUUCUUCUUUAAUCACUUCUUUUCUUUCUUCUUCUAAUUCUCAUUCUGAUUCUUUUAAUUCUCAUUCUGAUUCUUUUAAUUCUCAUUCUGAUUCUUUUAAUUCUCUCCCUUCCUUCCUUUCUUCAUUACAAUCAACUUCUCCUCCUUCUAUUCCUCUUUAUCAGUCUAUCCCUUCUUCUCAUAAAACUAUUCCUACUACUACUAAACCUAUGAAAUUUGAUUAUGAAUGUGAUUAUGAUGAGAAGAAAAAUGAAUGUGAUUAUGAUUAUGAUGAGAAGAAAAUUGAAGAAGAAAAGUCAAGAAAAGAAGAUGGAGCAAUCAAAAUGUCAUCUCCUCUUCCGUUCAUUCAUAGAUUCGAAAAACACCCAUCACCAGACACUUCCAUUGCUUCAUCAUCCAUUCAACCAUCUUCUUGGUUUUAUCAAGACAUAACCGAUGUACGAAAAUCCACCAUAAAUGUUGAUAUAGAAAAGGAAGCAAAAGAAACAAGAAUGAAAGAAGCGUUUGAUGCUAAACAAGCAAGAGUGGAUGAAAUGAAAGAAGAAAAACAAGAAGAAGAAAUCAUUCAAGAAAUCGAAGAGAUAAUUAAAGAAAUGAAGGAAGAAAAGACAAAACAACAAAAAGGCAUUAACAUAGAAAUAGAAGAAAAUACAAAUAUAAUCAAAGAAGAAGAAGAAGAAAGAAAUAAGAAAGAAAAAGAAAAUAUAUAUUGUAUUAGUGAAGGAAUAAUUAAGAAUGAAGUUAUAUAUAAAAGACUUAUUCAAAUGUUUAAAGAAAUAAAUAUUCCAUAUAUAAUUGCACCAGGUGAAGCUGAAGCACAAUGCUAUCAACUUGAACAUGAUGGUUUAUGUGAUUAUAUUGCAACUAAUGAUAGUGACAUCUUUGUUUAUGGUGCUAAGAAUGUCAUUACUAACUUAUUCACUUCUUCUCAUCCUAUUUUAUAUUCUGCUUCAACUUUUGACUAUUCUCUUGACCAGAUUCGCCUCUACUCACUUCUUGUUCCUUCUGACUAUUCUAACGGCUUUCCUAAUGUCGGUCCAAUUACUGCUAAACACAUCAUUACCUCUUGUCACUCAAUCAAUGACUUCCUUAUCUCUCUUUCCUCUCACUCUUCUCCUCUUCUCUCUUCUCUCAACUCCCAUCUUCCUCCUCACUUCCCUGACCCCUUAAUUCUUUCUCAAUUCUCUUCUCCUAAUGUCCUUCUUUCUCCUUCUCUUCCUCUCUCCCCUCUUCCUUCUCUUUCUUCUCUUUUUCUUUAUUCUAAACAUUCUCUACAUUGGUCUUCUUCUCUUCUUCUUCGUUAUUUCCCUUCUUUUAUUUAG